UCCGCCCAAAACAAACCUGGCAAACUGGCAAACCUGAUGAAACAUGGAAGAAGCGUAGCAAUCCAUGAUGCAAGCGUGAUGCUCUCCAUCAAUAGCAUCAAACAAGAAAUAUAGCAAAAUGCAAGGAAACUUGUUUUUCAGGAAGGAAAUGUAAACAUAUUCAAUAAAAUUUAACAUGGCUUGUUGUUGCAACUCGAAAUCUCAAAAAUCAUCAGCAGCAUGCUUGGGGCGGUGUGGUCUGGCCAAGCACAGGUGCCUCGUGUACGAGGAAAUCCGGCAAGGCCCGAUACCGAGGGACAUGGGAUGGCUUUACACAGCGAGGGAUGGGCCUGAACAUCAGUUAAGAUGCGGUUGGCGACCUGGCCACAUAGCCUGUGACGCGUUACGCCGGAUGGAAGAACAAUGCUUUGGGUCUUGUGGAGCAGAAAAACCAUCCUGUCCCGAUUACUCAUGUGCUAAACCCAAACCGUCAUGUCCCGUGCCUUGCUACAGCAAGCCAAAGAGCUGUAAACCUUGCUGCCCCCCCAAAACCAAGAGUUGCAGACCACAAAGCCGGAAAAAAGGAGCCUCAACUAUCGUUCAGACAUGCCUUAACAACUUGACUGCCCCAACCGGAAACAACCCAGCACUGCCUUUGAUUAGAAUCAUAAGACAUAAUGGCCAGUACACUGUUUGCACAAAGCCUUCAGACAUCAGCAAUGCCCCAUCAGGUCCAUAUCCUCUGAAGUAUGUGUUGAAUACUGACGGUGAUGACUUUGACCCAGAGAAGCCGGUAAAAUUUAGUGUUGAAGCAAAGUUCAAUAAUUAUCAAUUUGAUGUCACUUGCUCCCAGACUUCUUUCGUUUUGGACUUCUCACCUCCAGGGCCUAAAUGUGAACCAGGGUGCCCUGAUGGUUGUGAUGAUGAAAGCUAUUAGUUACACAUCGAAACAUAUAAAUUAGCAUUGGUUACAGAGCCCAAAUACAGUAAUAUGCUAUAACUACAA